CACGCUGCCCCUGGUCCUCCACCGGAACAGCUCAUGGACGCAUUGACCUCCCUCGUCAAACAGAUCGAAUCGGAGGAUCUGGCUUGUCGCGCCGCGUAUAUGCUCGAUCUAUCCGGCUCUGGGGAUCGUUCUUCCGACUCAACGACGACCACUGAAACAGACGUUAAAUUGGGUCUUAAGCCACUCAUCGAGCGCUUGGAUCGUUAUCUGGACGUAGCGAUUGUCGAGAAAUCACUUGCCUCCGCUACAAACCCCUUCGUUCAAUUGCCACCUCCUUUUGAACCAGUCCCGGUGAAACCCAUCCUUUUCGAUCUGGCUCUGAAUUAUGUAAAUUUCCCAUCCUUGGCCGACAAAGUGGACUCCUCGGGGUUGGCGAAAGAUGCUGGCUCCGGUCUCGCUGGCCUUGUGCGUGGCUGGCUGUGGGGAAAAUCCAACGCUCAGUCAGACUCCAAGUCUUAGAGGAUGUUGUAAUCGAUCUUUAUCAGCGAAUGUCUGCUUUCAUGACGUGUGCUUUCAAUUUCUUUGGUAUUCACACUGCCCGCGUGCUUCUGUCUUUUCAUUAAAUGGUCUGCUUUGA